CCAGGGCCACAACCAACAGUGACAUACACUGCUUUCUGCUUUUUGUGUGUUGUGUUUGUGUUUUCUUCUGCUUCUCAUUCUCAUCUCACCAGAGAGAGAGAGAGAGAGAGUUUGAGGUUGUUCCUUCUUCCACCUUAUCUUCCACUCUCUUGAUUGGUUCUUGCAUUCCUCUUCUGCACUGUGUGGAGCCAAAUUGCAAAACAAGAACAACAAGUUGAAGAAGAAGAAGAAGAAGAAGAAGAAGAAAUCAAUGGAAUCCAGCUGAGCAUCAUCAUUCAUUGAUUCAUUCAUGUAAUGGGGUAUGACUCUGCAGAUUCAUCUUCAGCUACCAGGAACCUAGAUUGUGAGUGAAGUGAAGUUUGAAGCUCACAGUGAGUGUUAACUGUUAAUUUAAUGCUGUUUUGUUCUUCAAUUCAGCUCCAUCUUCUAGAAAUUUCUGGUUCUGAAAUCCAUGAACAUGUGUGUAUAUUUUAGGGCUUUCAGCUUUCAAGUGUUUUAGCUGCCAAAUUGCCAAUCAAAACCCAAAUGCAAUUCCCUUUGUCAUUGUGCUAGUUCAUCAUAAUUGAGAAGAAUUAGGGUAGUGAAAUGCAAAUUAAAUGCCCACAAUUAGAACCAAUUAAGAUUCCUAAAUUGUUGCCUUUUCUGUGAGUGAGGGGAAUCGUUGCAACGGUUAAAACCUUCAAAGUUUGCUGCUUUUUCAAUCAACACACCCUUUGGGAAAGAAAGAAAGAAGGAAUAUUGUUCUUUAUAUAUAGUACCCUACCCGUUGAUUUUGCAAACAAGACCUAGAAACGUGGCUGCUACUACUUAAACCCCUUUUCAGGUGAUUUCAAUUUUUUAAUCAUCCACUCUGAAUUUCAUCAGCCAUUGUUCCUUUUGAUUGAGGGGUUGUUGUUGAGUAAAAUAUAUAUCUCUAACAAGCAUCGAUGGGGCUUCUCGUUCGGAGUCUCGCGGUGCUUGUUCUUGUUCUUCUAUGGUGUCAUUCAUUCCCCCAUGUUAGGGCUCAGUCUAGCAGCCAAGCCAAGUCCCUUGAUGUAAUUCUUCAAGAAUAUGCCUACAGAGGUUUGGGCAAGCCGAAAACCGGUACUGUUUAUGAUGGAACUCAGCUUCUUCCUUCGAAUUUGACUGGUGUUAAGGUUGCUGCAUUGAGGUUAAGGAGUGGCAGUUUAAGGAGAUAUGGUGUUGCAGUGUACAAUGAGUUUCAAAUUCCCGAGGGAAUCAUUGUGAGUCCUUAUGUGAAAAGGAUUGUUUUGGUCUACCAGAAUUUGGGUAAAUUGUCCACUAGGUACUACCCUUUGCCUAAUUAUACUUACCUGGCUCCUGUCCUGGGAUUGCUCGCAUAUGAUGCUUCGGAUUUGUCAGCUACCGGUUUACCGGAACUGCAUAUAACUGCUUCCCGUGACCCUGUAAAAGUCAAGUUCCAGGAUGUGAAAGCUGCUCCUCACGGUGCCGUUGCGAAAUGUGUCUGGUUUGAUUUACAGGGUUCUUCCAAUUUCAGCAAUGUAACAGGAGGCGACACAUGCUCUACCUCAAGACAGGGUCAUUACUCUAUAGUGGUUGAGUCCACUGCUCCCUCUCCGGUUCCUGCUCCGACUCCGGUACCGAGUGCUAAAAAGGAGAGCAAGAGUAACAAGAAAGUUUGGAUUAUUGUAGGCUCUGUCCUUGGUGGAUUGCUAUUGCUGGUGCUAUUGUAUUUACUAAUUGUGUGGGUGGUCAAGUACAUGAGAAACAAGAAAAUACAGCAGAUGGAAAGAUCUGCAGAUAUGGGUGAAGCUCUUCACAUGGCCUCUGUCGGGGAUACAAAAGCACCGGCCGCAACAGUUACUCGAACACAACCUACCCUUGAACAUGAAUAUGCACCCUGACAUAUUCUUUGUGUAUAAUCUUCCAGUUGCUGUCCUUCCUCAAUCCAGUCAUAUGCAAAGCUCAAUAACCGUGUUCAGAAAAACUCUUCCAAAACACACCUUUUUUUGGUGUCGCCGACUCGCUGCUUCUCCUUAUUUGCUUAGGCUCUUGGUUAGUUUAUACCUGUGGUAAUAUAAUUUUUUUGUGUAAAUCUGUUUAUCUCCUUUACUAUGAUUCGUUGUGGUGUGAAUGUUGCAGCCAAAAGUGAUUCUAUAUGUGAUGAAUUCAGGUUUUUCUCAUUGACAAGGAAUAAAAAUGUGACACCUUUGAUGUA